AAACAUAGUGACUCAUAAUCGUCAUCUUGUUCCUCCAGGUUUAAUCAAGUUGAAGCAAUACAAAAAAUUGACAUAUCCAGAACAGGUUGAAUAUUCUGAAACCGAAGUAAAAUGUAGUCUUUUCCAUAUGAUAAAGCAUUCAGUUUCUAGAGUGUUUGAAUAUCUUUUGGAUUAUGAAAGUAACUGCAUAAUGAGUUUAUCACAAGAAGAGCGUGAUAAUGUACAAAUUAUUUGCAAAGUAGGAGGUGAUGGUCAAAGUGAUCAAUCUGAGUUUCAAAAUUCAGCAACUAUGAAAAGAGGUGUAGAUGAUCGCUCUGUGUAUAUUAUAGUGUUUGUACUGCUGGAGAUCCGAAGUGGAGAAAAAAUAAUAUGGAAAAAUUUAAUUCCAAAUAAUCCAGAUGCAACUCGUCAUCUUCUUUUUUGUUUUGCAAAAGAGACCUAGUUUUAUUCAGGAAAAAUUUGAACAUUUGAAAAAUGAAAUUUUUUUAUUGAAGAAUAUUGAAUUUAAACUUGGUGAAAGUACUUUUGUAGUAAAGUCUAGUUUGUCAACUAUUUAUACCACAAUGAAUGAUGGCAAAACACUAAACGCUGUUGUAUCAAAUAUGCUUAAAAAAAGAAUUUCAUCUCAGUCCUGCCAUGUAUGCCUUGCAAAUUCUAAGGAGUUUAACUUGAAAACUAUUUGUAAAAAAAAUAUUAAUUUAAACAAGCAUGUUUUGAAACUUGAAAUUUGCAGUCUUCAUCUAUGGAUGCACUGUAUGGAGUGGAUUUUCAAUACUGUUUGUAAACUCCCAGCUGUUAAGCAAGGAAGAAAUAUUCCAUCACAAAGGAGUAAAGAAUUUAUUGAAAACAAAAAAAAAUGCCAGCAUUUAUUCAAGAUACAACUGAAUAUAAGGGUUUCUUUUGUCAGGAAAGGAUGUGGAACAACCAAUACUGGAAAUGUUGCUCGCAAAUUUUUUAAUAACCCGGUUGUGACAGGAAGAAUUUUAAACUUGGAUAUCAGAAUGAUUAAGUUGUUUCGAGAUUUACUCAUUGAUAUAAACAGAACAACUACAAGACGGGAUAUAAAGAUUUUCAAACAGAAAUCUGAACAUCUAUUUGCACUCAUAACUAAUGAUAAAUUUUUAAAAACCAUACCUAUGUCACAAUCUGUACAUAGAGUGAUAGUUCAUGGUACUUCUUUUAUAAGGUAUUUUAAGUAUCUUAUAGUGCUAUUGAAGCCAGAAAUAAGGAAAACAAAACUGCUCGAAUUGGUCAUGCUCGUUUAACCUCUUUUGCAGAAAAUACUAGGGAUACAGCUAAUUAUUUGUUUAUGACAUCUGAUAUGUACCUCUUUUGCAAAAAAAACAAAAUGGAUAAAAAAAGAGUGAAAACAAAAUAGUUUAAGAAAGCAAAGUGAAAGUUCUUCUGAUAACUGCUUAAAAUAAAGGAAGUAAGACCAUGAAGAAUCAUACUGAUGAGUUGUUCUGCGUUGAAUUUUUAAAAAAACGGCUAUUUUCAUAGCCACAAGUUAUUAAAAACAUCUAUUAGAAUAGAAUGUUGAGAAACUGUGAAAGAAUGCCAAGUAUCAUAUGAUAGCAGAGU